AUGGUAGGAGAUGCGAAAGUGAUGUUGUGCUAUGACACACCCGCCCACAGUGCUGGCUAUGCGGAAGCUCAGACGCUCGUAGCAGCUGCCAACUCAAGUGGGCCAACUUGCAUGGCGAAGGCAUGUACUACUGGCCUGCCUGACCUACUUGGUGUUGUGGACAACUGUUCUGGUGCAACAACCUUGCAGACCUGCAAUUUGCAGCCCCAACUCGGCUUCACCUUCGAAAGCACCACGCUCGCUUGUGGGGUGGACGGAGAAUUCACAGGCGUCCUUCCGGAUCCCCAGGCAGCUGUUUGCCCUACACCCUCCUUUGGCGUUGGCGUGGGGAGCACUUGCGCCAACAAAUCCGUGGGUGCAGAAUGCUGGGCAUACUGUUUGUCAG